CCCCUAUAUCAGUGUCUCCUCCCCGGGGCGGCCCAAUGCACCCGCCCUGCCCCGCUCCUCCCGGCCACACCGCCAGCCCGGAGCCCGCAGAGCGGCGUGCCGUGCCGUGCGGUGCCGUGCCGUGCCCACCCGUGGGGCCGAGCCCCUCGCCUGGCUCCAUGCGGCGGGGUCCACCCGGCCCCGCUCCCCCCUGCCCGGGGAGCCCCGGCGGUGUCAGGGCAGCUCGACGGCUGCGGAGGCGCGGAGGGUCCCCUCGGCUUUUGCCCGACGUGCGCAACAUCUUCUCGGCUCCUCGAGAAGCGGCGGAACGAGCCCACGGUCACGGUCACGGUCACGGUCACGGUCACCGCUUCGUCCCCCGCGUCCCUCGCUGCGGUUGGUGCGAUCUGUGCGGAGCUGCCGUGCGGGAUCGUGCCCUGCGCUGCGAAUAUUGCAGGUACACGUGCCAUCAGCAAUGCUGCAGCCUCGUCCAGCUGGACUGCCGCCGGCCUGACCCCGGGCAGCUCUCUCCUGUGGGCACCAUUGUGCUCCCCUGCAGCCAGAAUGUAACGAAAGCUGUAGAAGAAAAACCUGAGCCUCCAACUGUUGAGGAGAUCAAAGAGAAGAUAGAAAAAUACAAUGCAAAAGUUAAUAACUGCCUGCUGAUGAAGCUGAGUGAUGAUGGGACCUACACAGGAUUCAUUAAGGUGCACCUGAAGCUGCGCCGCCCGGUGACGGUGCCAGCAGGGAUCCGACCUCAGUCCAUCUAUGAUGCCCUGAAGGAGGUGAACCUGGCUGACACCACGGAUAGGAGGACGUCCUUCUACCUGCCUCUGGAUGCCAUCAAGCAGCUGCACAUCAGCAGCACGACCACGGUGAGCGAGGUGAUCCAGGGGCUGCUGAAGAAGUUCAUGGUGGUGGAUAACCCGCAGAAGUUUGCGCUGUUCAAGGAGAUGCGGAAGGAUGGGCAGGUCCUCCUGCAGAAGCUGCCCCUCACUGAAUUCCCACUGUACCUGAGGCUGCUGGCCGGCCCCGACACCAACGUGCUCAGCUUUGUGCUGAAGGAGAAUGAGACUGGGGAAGUGGAGUGGGACGCGUUCUCCAUCCCAGAGCUACAAAACUUCUUAAUGAUCCUGGACAAAGAAGAGAAGGACAAAAUCCAGCAAGUGAAAAGGAAGUACGAGAAGUUCAAACAGAGACUGCAGCAGAGCUUGAAAGAGGCUGGAGACAAACCUGGUUAACCCUCAGGGCACGCCAGCAGUCAGACUAAGCUACGUGUUGUUCUUCAAAUGAACAGACUCUUCUCAGGACACUUCCUGGUGGUCACCCUCCCACUUCAUCCCUCCAUUAAGGAUAUAGGACCCGUUAUAUGGACAUGUCAUGUUUCCUUCUGAAACCUCACACCCAAGGACCAGAGCCAGCCGGAGAAUGGGAUGUCUGCACCAGAGCUGCUGGGCUGUGCCAUAAGCACAUAAGCUUGCUUGUUAUGGCUGAGGUUCUGCAGUUGCAUUGUGCCCAUGUGGCCCAGUUCCCAUUUCUUAAGUGGGGCACAGGAAGGAGCAGAUAACACAGAGGUUGGUGCACCGACCCACGUGGGUGUUGCAGCUGAAACCAGACAGACUUAUUAAGGCUAAAGUGGGAAAUGUGGCAGCUGCAGCACCCCGACAGUCCUUCAGUAAGUAUUAUUGAAACAUAGUGAUAUUCAUUCCAGGGAAAGUCGUUUAUUUUGUUUCUAAUUAACUUUGUAAACAGACUUGAAUUUGAGCAAAUAUUCAUGAUGCUUCGCUGAGUUAGUCUGUAUGUUAUGAGUUUUCUACUCUGCAGGAAUUGGGACCUAUGUGUUAAGAGAAAAGCGUGAAGACAGGGUGUGGGGAUGGGGGUUCUGCAUAGAACCCUGAGCAAUACGCAGCCAGCAGGUGACUGCAGGGAAGCUCAAACCCUUCUUUCACCAAUCAGACCCAUUUUGAGCUGUGAAGGGGUUUGGCAGGAAGGAGCUUCAAGCCAGGCCAGGAGUGGUGUGUGUGCAGAUCCUUAGCACCAGGAAGAGCAAGGGAACCACAAACCUGAGAUGCCUUCCUGCCACCACCCCCUUGCAUUGUGCCUCCUCUCGCUGACCCCUUAGUCUGCUGCUCUCCCAUCUCUUUUCUCCCUUCCAGGUGCAAGGGAUGCUAUGGGGAUGCCAAUCCCAGAGCUGAUUUCCCAUUUACUUUCAGCACUUUGUACUGAGCUCACUGUGUGCAGCCGCGAUCCACCUUCCCUCUGUUCACAGUGUGAAAAGCAAACGUGAAGGCUUAGCUGGAUUCAGACGGAGCAAUGAGAUGCUCUCGGUGAGCUGAGUUCCUCCCACCUGUAUAAGUGGGAAAGAGCAGGUUAUUAGGGAGCGGGUGAUGGAGACAACUUGGAAGAGUCUAAAAUGUACCUCAGUGCCUUUGAUUUUUCCUCAAGUAUAAAAACUUUACGUUUGGGCUUAAGGAGGAGGUUGGAGGGGCUUUUGCCAAGGCCUUGGCAGUGCUCCCCUGGGUCCCUGCAGGCUGCUUUUGUCCAUAGAGAGAAGAGGAACAGUUGUUUCUUUCUGCAAGGUGAUUGCUUGGCUUUUUUUCUUUCCCCCCACCCCCCAGGUUUAUACUUGAGUAUGUUUGUUUAUAAAGGUGUGAGUAACUGCAUCACCUACAGCCCUCACUUUGUGCAAAUGCCACUUGGUGCAAGCUCAGUUCCAGCUCUUGCCUUAUUCAGUGGUGUAAAAGGGUUCCUAAGUGAGGCUCCAGCUGCUGCCACGCGGUGCAGGAAGGGCCUCCCAGCUGUACUGUAUUCUCUACCCAGAUGACCUUUAACAGCGUGGCAGCAGCCCAAACAGAGCAGCGAUUUUCAUGCUCUGGGGCCGUUUGCCUGUUUAUAAAAAUACUUAAUUACUUCGCUAUGCACUUGUGAAGUAAUUUAAAUAACAUUUAUCCACUGCUUUGAGUCUUGAAAGCACUGUAUAAAUACUUCUGUUAAGUGUAAGAACACUGUAGAAACUGCCACUGGUUGUGAGAAGCAAGACCCAGAUGCCUGCUUUCAAAUCCCUUACCUUUCUAGCUAUAAGUUUUUCAAAGGUUAUUAUUAUUUCUCCUGGUUGCUGUUGUUUUCUAUUUGAGUUCUGGUGACCGUCUGCCCUCCCUAAAACCCAGCAUGUCUUUGACCUUCUGUAGAAGGCAUGGCUUCUUAUGCAAUUACUGUGAAUGCUGCUGUGAAAACCUCCUGCAAAGAGGAGGGCUCUUUCCUUUCUUUCAUUUAAAGACAUGGGGCGUUGGAAGUGGUAGACAAUGAAACUCAAGUUCUCAGCAGUUAUUUGUGUCCAGGACAGACAUAAUGGGCCCCUUCCUUAAGAGCUGAGUACUAUUAGCAGUGCCUUUGGUUAGUAUGUUGUGUUGCCUGGUUUGGUGUGACUUUAUUUCCUUCUUGUAAAACAUGUAAAAUAACGUGUACAGAAUGGAAUAGCAAAGCUUCUAUGGCAAAGUGAAAUGCAUUUUUUUGCAAUGCUGUAAUUUAUUUUUCUUACUCCCCAGGAAUUCUAUGGCAUUUUUACAAAAUGUCUCAUUCCCAGCUUUAUUUUGAAGGUUCAGAAACUACUUAUCCAUAUGCAGAUGGUGUAAAAGACAAUGACAAUAAAACUGUCGGUAAUUAAAAUAA